AAAAGAAGACAAAAAGAAGGGGAAAGAUGCCAAGAAAGCAAAGAAAGAAGUAACAAGUGAAUCAGAGGAGGCCUCUGAGGCAGAGCCCAUCAAGGAGGCAAGUGAAGAGAGCAAAAAUGAGGAAGAAGAAGAGGAAGAAGAGGUUGAUGCCAGAAGAAGGAGAGGCAGAGACAAGAAUGUAGCUGCUCUUAAAGGAGCUUCCAAAGCAAUGGCAGGAAUGAAUCAGGGCAACCGGAGGAGAGGUCAGCCGGCACCCAAAGAAGAACCAAAGGCCAAGGAGGAUGUUUUGAGGAAGGAUAUUACGCGAGCUCAACUAAAAGGUGCUACAAAGGCAAUGGCAGGGCUGGCAAAAAAACCUGCCCCACCACCCAAAAAGAAGAAGAGUUUAAAGGCAACAUCCAGACUGUUUAUGAAAUUCCGGCAAAUGAAUCCGAGGAGAUCAAAAAAGGGUCAUUUUAAGGCAGCUUCAAAACUUCUUACAGGGUUCAGGAAGAAAUUUGCAGCAUCAACCCUACUGAACAAAAAAAAGAAGUCAGCUGCAAUGCUAAAGAACACUUCUAAACUCAUGCUGGGCUUACGGAAAAGUAUAAAGAAACAGCCUACUAAGCCUACACCAAGUGAUGGCACCAAGCAGAAACCCACGUUCAUGUUGAUACGACUUGGGGCAAAUUCAUCUAAAACAGACCAGCCAGAAAAGAAGGGACCAGGGGGUCUGCUCAGUGGCCUUUUUGGGAGGAAAAAGGCAAAGGAAAAGUUUCAGCCCAAAGCAAAGGUACUUACUAAAGUAUCCGCUGCUGCUAGCUGGUUAACCAAAAAAUUUCUGUCUAAGAAGAGGGGUUAUUCAGAGAAUGAUAAAGCCAUACAGGAAGCGUGGUUGUCCCGAAUGGGGGCACAGAAGCUACCUUUCCCUACACAGGAUGAGUUUCGCAGGUACCAGGCAAAUUUGCAAAGAUUCCCUGGUGCUCACAGAUUUUAUGGCCAGAAUGAGGAUGUUUAUGGGCAUCCCAAAAACUUUGAAGCAUACCGCCAUCAAAGAUUUCCAACUCAAAGGUAUACACCUCAAGGACCUGGCAGAUAUGAUGACCCAUCCAUGGAAUAUUAUGACUAUGACAAUGAAGAAUCUGGGUUUGAUAAUCAGGGAUACGAAGACUAUGAGAACAGAUUUCCAUAUGGCUAUGAUUCAUAUCCCGUAGAAGAAGAAGGCUAUGAUGACUAUUCUGGAUACCAAAUGGAUGAGGACUAUCCUUUAUAUGACGACAACAUGGAGUAUUAUGACGAAGAAAGCCACUUGCUGAAGAGUCAAAAUUCUAGGUUUGAGUAUCAAGUAGAUGUUCAUAACCCACCAAAUGCCUAUUCAGGUUACGAUUUUGAAGAAAAUGAAAUGGGAUACUACGGAGGUGCAAUGAAUCCUUAUGGCACAAUGGAAAAUGAGAGGAAACCAUUUUCAUCUUACAGCGAUCAAAGCAAUUAUUCUGACUUUAAUGACAUGGACGAGUACAGCUCUACAAAUGCCACUAACUACAAUGAUUACCUAGUAUCUCCUUAUGCCGAGCCAUUAAACCCAUAUGCCCAACCCAUGGAUGAAACAAUGGCAGGGUGUGAUGAAAAUUACUAUGAGGACCAAGACAUAGAAGAAACUUCUUCCACAUUAUCAAUAAAUAGAAAAUAUAAGCUUUUCCCAAGACCUCAAGUAAGACUUUUUGGCAGGGAAAAAUUAGAUGUCCCACUACCCCCAUCACCCCGCAUUUCUUUUACCGAUUACGAUGAGGAUGAGGAAGAGGAAGAGGACGACCUAGAGCCCUUAAUUCCUCCUCCCGAACAACAAAGAAAUUACAGGCAGCCACCUAACAAAUCACUUUUUGCAAAGUCUGUGCAAAGAAAUUCUAGACAGCCAUGUGCUAGAGGUGUUCAAAAGUUAUUAUCUUCAAAACCAGUGGGCAAAAGAUUCAGUGUACAUCAUCAAGAGAAUUACCAAGAAAAUGAAUCACAGGACUUCUCUCCAAGAGCAUUUGGCAGUCCGUUGGGACAGUUUAUGAAAAAGACACUUGACCCAAAGCCAAUUUUAAAGCAUAGUGGGAUUCAAAGAAAAGCUCGGCCACCCUCUGAACCUCCAAAUAGGAAUGCUUUUGUAGAAAGCAAUGUCCCAUGGGCACCUUCUCCACAACCUUCCCUAAGAAACGUCAAAGGUCCUGUGAAUAAUGGUGGAUACCAAAACCAAAAUUCACCUUCUGCUCAGCAAAAUUGGAUUCAAAGAAAUACUCAGCUGCCCUCUGACCCUCCAAAUAGGAAUGCUUUUGUAGAAAGCAAUGUCCCACGAACACCUUCUCCACAACCAUCCCUAAGGAACUUUAGAGGUCCUGUGAAUAAUGGUGGAUACCAGAAACAAAAUCCACCUUCUGCUCAGCAAAAUUGGAUUCAAAGAAAUACUCAGCUGCCCUCUGAACCUCCAAAUAGGAAUGCUUUUUUAGAAAGCAAUGUACCACGAACACCUUCUCCACAACCAUCCCUAAGGAACUUCAAAGGUCCUGUGAAUAAUGGCGGAUACCAGAAACAAAAUUCACCUUCUGCUCAGCAAAAUUGGAUUCAAAGAAAUACUCAGCUUCCCUCUGACCCUCCAAAUAGAAAUGCUUUUGUAGAAAGCAAUGUGCCACGAACACCUUCUCCACAACCAUCCCUAAGAAACCUCAAAGGUCCAGUGAAUCAUGGGGGAUUCCAGAAACAAAAUACACCUUCUGCUCAGAAAGAUUGGAGUCAAAGAAACACCCAGCUGCCCUCUGAACCCCCAAACAGGAGUACAUUUGUAGAAACCAAUGUCCCACGAACACCUUCUCCACAACCAUCUCUAAAAUAUUUUAAAGGUCCAGGUAACCAUGGAGCAUACCAGAAACAGAUGACACCUUCUGCACAGCAGUUGGAAGACUUCCAGACAGACCUGGUGGAAGAGCAAGGUUCUAUACAGCCUUACCAUAAGCGAUUUGGUCUAAAGUUGGCUGGUAUGGAGUCAUCCAAUUUCUCCAGAAAACUUAAGUUUUCAGCAUCUAACAAUAAUAACACUGAAGCAAAGCCUUCUCCUCAGCCAAUUCGUCAGUCCCCCCAACCUGGAAAAGAUAUGCAGCCCGCCCGGAACCCUCAGAGCAUGGGGCGCGAGGAGCAGAAUGAGGAGCUCGGCUUUCAUGACAUGACUCAGCUGGAGUGA